AUGAAAGAACUAUCCUUUGGAUUGUGAAGUGUACCGUUACUACUUAACUCAAUUGUGCCGCACGGUUAUGGCAUCAUGAGAAUAACCGUCAGAUGCACUACGGUUCAAGAGUUGCAAAGAAGAAAACGGUGAUUAGUGUGAAAAGCGCGAAUCCAAGAGYCCCAUWAUGAUCGGCGAUAGUCAUUGCUAUCGUUGCCGUCGGUGUCGCUCUUUSUUGCCUUUYUAUGCUCUGGUUUUGUUGACACUGGUUCUCGUCGUUUCGGCUCUUGUAGAUGGAAGCACGGAUAGCCACGAAGUAAAAUCGACAGCAACAGCGGAACCAGGGGGYGAAGACAAGACAUCGGUGGCAAUMACCGAUGCUGCCAAGAGGUUGAUUCGACUCGGGUUGCUUUUUGAGUUGGACGAUCGCCGCCUCGAUUUCGAUAGCGAUCGUUCUUCUUGGAUCGAAGACCUCACAAUUGUUCUGGGUCCAUYGUUUCGGAGGGAAGAAAUCGAAUCGUUGGUACACGAAGYAAAGAGCGAAACAACGGAGAGAGCGACAGGAACAAAAGGAACAAGUACUACGAGUACCGGCAGCGUUGAUCGCACGGUCGAUGGAGAAUGCUCGGCGGCAGCGUCGCCGACAUUGACACCGGAAGAAAAUCCAGGCGGCAAUGGCCAACCAAACAAACACGACAACAACACGUUCACCGGAGACCGCCACGCGGCUGGAUUGCUGGAAAUUGUAGRCGAUCCGGAUUGCAUGCACGGRGAACUAGAUGCCAGCAGCCCCUCUUUCGAUAUCGAUGACGCCAAACGAAUUCUCGUCAAGUGUAGAAUGCUGGUCCUCCGGAAUCUCUUUCCCAAGGAAGUCACGGACGCGGUCCUUCCGAAAUACGCCCGGUACGUGCAAGACAUCCGCGGCGGAGCCAUUCGAUCCGAUGCAGGAACCACCACCUUUGGAGGAGACUAUUUUAUUCUGAAGGAGGACCACGACGAAUCGAGGUUCAACUACCUUGCCACGAAGGAGCUCGUGCAGCAAUCGGYCGGCCUCUUGGAUUCSGAGGURCUGGUGGAGCUCUUGUCGGACCCCUCUCUCCUGGGAGAGGACGUGCUCGUGAACCACGUGGGAACCAUCCAUGCCCUKCCSGGCGCCCRUGCGCAGUACUGGCACACCGAUGGCCCCUACGUGUACCAYGAGGACGACGAGGCCGGUGGCGGCGUCCGCGUCGCGGGCCACGACCUGCCGCCCUACGCCAUCAACAUGUUCACGCCCCUGGUGCCCCCGGCCGUCACGCCGGAGGACGGUCCGACGGAGUUCUGCCUCGGGUCGUCCUACCUGCGGGGCCACGACUACGAGGCCGACCUCCCCGUGGCGGACCAGGGCCUCCUGACUAGGAAGGACGGGAUYGUCGAGGACCUCCAGGAAUUCGAAUGGGCCGUGGAGCACUAYGGGCACCUCGGGGGGAUCGAAUGCCCGGGGGUCCUGCGAAGGGCCCCGCUUCUGGGCACCGGGGACGCCCUCCUCUUCGACUWCCUGGUCACCCACCGGGGCGGGGCCAACACCAACCAGGGCAACCCAGACGGGAGGUCCAUGGUCUUUGCGUCGUACAGCCGGAGGUGGUUCCGGGACACCAACUUCGAUUCGGACUUUGGGCACGGAAGCGACGACCCCACCGAACUGGAGGAACUGACCAAGCUCACCCGGUACGCGGUGGUUGUGGAGGGGGAGGACCGGAGGAACGAACGGGCGGGGCACAAGGGUGACGCCUAGCGAGGUUCUUCUCUCGGAGGGGAGAACCCGGUGUGCCGCACCGCAUUUCGUCGCGUCGCGUCGAAUCGCGUCGAAUCGAAUCGCAUCGCAUCGCAUCGAAUCGAAUCGCAUCGCAUCUUUUCGCAUUGCAUGCCGGCCUGUCCCCGCCGCCCCCGCCGUGUCCCGUCGAUCCAGACCCCCCGGCAUCCCGCUCGGGUGCGGUGCGAAACGAAACGACAAAGAGGGAGCAGCCCUCCUAAACAUUUUGCCACCAAAGCCAAUUUCCCUGCAAAGAGAGCAGGAGCAUAGAUAUGGCAAUGGCAAUGGCAUUUUUACGCUAGUACGUUACGAGUGCAUGGAAGGAUUUGUGGGCUUCGGGCUGGUUCUAAGAUAGAUGGUGCAGUUUCGUAAUUUGUUUUWUUU